AAGGUUGUGGAGGAACAGGGCCGAGCAGCAGCCUGGGGACACUCAGGGAAACUUCAGCUAACCUACUGCAGGUUUAAUCUUUUUAAACACAAAAAACUGCCAAUUUUAUACAACAAUUUUUUCUACAUAGUUGUGUUUUUUUUUUGUGAGUUUCAUAUGUGCUCAUACAUUUUGUGUUUUGAAUAAACUCAAAAUGAAGUCACUGAUACUGGCGCCGGUGCUCCUCAGUCUUCUGCUCUCAGAAGUGUAUUCGGUCCAGGUGACGACACCUGUGUCGCAGUACAGCACAGGUCUGUUUGUCCCUAUCACACUCCGCUGUGAUUAUUCCACUUCAGCCAACCUUCAGACUGUGCUGGUCACGUGGCUCUACAAGUCGUUCUGCAAAGACCCUGUGCUCGAAUACUACUCCACAGGCUACCAGGCAACUCUCCAACUGGGUCAGGAUCCGUCCAAUGACUGCCCAGAUAGCCAGCGCACUAUUAGGACUGUGGCUCAGAAAUACGGCUCCGGUGAGACGACUCUGGGUCCAGAAUACAGCGGGCGUAGAAUCACCGUCCAGAACAAGGCGGACCUGUUGAUCCAAGAGGUGAUGUGGUGGGACAAUGGUGUCUACGUUUGCUCUGUUGAUGCCCCUGGAGAUACAAGUGGAUAUCCGACGAAAUACAUCAAGCUCAUAGUUUACAAUUGGCUGACUGUAUUCUUCUUAAUCAUCGGGGCCUUUCUCCUUAUCAUCCUCUUUUGCAUCUGCUGCUGCCAGUGUUGCCCGCAGAAAUGUUGCUGCUAUGUCCGUUGCCCAUGCUGCCCACGAACCUGCUGCUGCCCCGAGAAAAUGGUGAUGCAACACAGGAUGAUGAAAGAGGCCCAGAAGGCGAUGAGCUCCUGGACUAAUGGUCAACCGAUCUACGCACCCCUGAGCUCUCACAGCUCUGCAUAUCAAAUGAAUCCCAUGUUGUAUGCAGGUUCAGCAUCAGGAAAGAUCCCCAUGUCCCCCAUUCCUCCUAUGCCCCUCCCACAUCCUGGUCAUCCUGGCCCUAUGCCUGUCCACAUGCCUGUCCACAUGGCAGGACCUAUGCCAGGACCUAUGCCAGGACCUAUGUCAUCACUAAGCAUGCACAGCAGGGACAGUGCCAACAAGGUCCUGGAUUAUCUUGAGAACCAGGUGAGGGAGAUGGAAGUAAACAACGGCAUGAUUCCACCUCAGCCCGUGCACAUGGUCCAGACUGUGCCCUUCUCCGCCGGCCCACCCAGCAUGCUUUCUGGGUUGGACGAUGGCCCCGCCUCCCGCCGUCACCACCCGACACACUCUAGUGGCUCGUCAAGCUACAACCGGCAGCGCCGGCCUCCUUCAUCUAGACAUGGCAUUCCACGCAGUUACAGCCAGGAAGACUUUCUGGAUAACCGGAGCCAAGCGAGUUAUCGGCCUCGUUCACGAUCAAGAGAGGACUUGCUGGAGAACGGUAGAGGAUACUCGGAAUAUGAAAGCGGCAGGAGAUCAGGUGGACCUAGAAACGGAGCCCGGGGUGGACCCAGAGCCGGACAGUGGUCUGAUCACCCACCGAGCUACAGCGAGUAUGAGCCAGGCCAGAAGCCGACAAGGCGGCCCGAUCGCUACCCUGCUACCAGUUCAUUGAGUGGUACAAGUGUAGUAAUCUGAAGCCUCUCUGCCUUGCACCAUUACGGAGACUAUCCCGAAAGCAUGUGCCAAGGACAGCACUGCAUAGUGAAAAGUAUUUGAAGAUUUUUAUAUACUUUGUAAAGAAAUGUUACACUGGGCAUGACCAACACUGCCUUUUGAGACCUACUGCCUUAAUUCCUAAGCUUCAAAGAAUUGAAGGAUGUUAAUGCUGUUAGACAGUUUUUUUAUUCCCCAUCAAUGGGUGAGCCUUUGGGCUCUUUUGCCAAUUUCAUCCCAUCUGUUCCAUGCUGUAUUUCAAGGCAACAUAAAAUUCAGUGGCUGCCCCGACUCUAGGGAUUUUAAGAACAUGGUUUGUAAAAUGAAGCAGGUGAGCAGUUUCUCCUUUUCUAGUCCAUAAUCUAGUGCAACCAACUGUAAAGUGUGUGUAUGUAUGUGUGUGUGUGUAUGUAUGUAAUGUGUGUGUGUGAUGUGAUGUAUAUAAAUAAAAUAUUAAACAGCUAUAGAAUCAUGAUGUGCCCCAUAUUGUGUGUGUGUGUGUGUGUGUGUGUGUGUAUGUAUAUA